ACUACUGGAGGUCGCCUACGUCAUCGUUGUGCGGUCUGUUCCGAUGUCACCUGUUUCGUGUUGCAGUGACGGUUUUGUUGCAGACCUCCACAGUUCGAAAGCCCCGUCCGAACGACCACCUCCGCGAUUGCUCUCUCUGGUUAGCGUCUACCAUGUUUAACGACCGAAAUACCCCCCAGCGUUCGGUCUUGUACAACGUCGACAUCGCUCACCACAUCGUAUGGAUCGUUGCGCGUAAGGUCGGAAGUGACUUGUUCCCCACAUAUCUGGCAAAGGGUACCAUGCAGACUCUCGCGCGCUGUGCUUGUAUAUGCAAGUCGUUUUCCGAGCCUGCACUGGCCUUGCUAUGGAGAUGCCUGCGCUCGCCGAUACCGCUCCUGUCGGUCUUGUCGGGCUUUCAGUUGGCGGAUCCGGACUGCGGUGGACAGGAUGCACCCGCCAAGACAAAAUACUGGAUAAUCAACAGCGGACUGUCCGUCGUCGAUCGCGAACGAUUCGCCUAUUACGCUCGAUUCGUCUGGGCCUUCGACGUACGCGGGGACCGCAUUCAUCCUUCUGUCUUCACUAUCCUUGAAGCAGCAUGUGGCGAUCAGCUCCUACCUCAUCUACGAUUCGUUCGCUGCUUCUCGACUGCGUCCGCGUACGUGCUCCAUCCAUUCCUGACGCCUUCGCUGCUAUCCCUUCACUGGGAGGACGAUGCUGACAGGGACGCCGAGAAGAUCGACGCCGCGGAAAGACUCGCUUCCGAGAUCUUGACAUUGGCCCCCACCCUUGAGAAGCUCCACGUCCCACGGUGCAAUACCACGUCACUUCUCUCGUCGUUCGGCACCUUCGAGCAAUUGCGUUCGCUGGAUAUCUCUUCCACGCCACGCGUCCCGAAUUGGACCAUGAUUCGAGCUAUAGCGUCCCUGGAACACCUCACAGAAGUCUAUCUGCCAAGUGCAGUCGUCGGUUGUCAACCCGCUGACCGAUGCCUCGGGUUUCAGACGUUGACGAGUCUUACAAUCUCGCACCGGCGUGAAGGGACAGACUUGCUCCGCCUUAUUUCUCCCCCAGGGCUGCAACACCUCAAGCUCGUAGGCGGCCUGAGCCUGCUCGAUUGCUGGUCUUCCGAGGAAAUACGCGAAGGCGUCGAAUUGUGUCUCAGCAAAUGCGUCGCGACGUUCACCUCUAUUGUGAUCGACGACUUCGAACUCGGUGCCGUGGACUCGAUCGUCGCAACCGCGGAACCAUUCUUUCGUAUGCGGAACCUGCGGACGUUCCGUUGCUGCCGGGGCAUGAUGGCGCUGACCGUGCAAGACGAUGACCUACGCGCGAUGGGUGCAGCAUGGCCGCAUCUAGAGGAACUCCAGUUGAAAUGGUCCAGCGCAGAGUCUUUGGACGAUCCCAGUGCUAUCCCGUCGCUGCAGGGCAUCGUCGAGCUCGCCCACGCAUGCCUCCAUCUUGUCCGAGUCGAUCUCAGCUACGCACGCCUCUCACUCGCCCCGGAUGCGGAACCUUACCCCGGACCCGUUCACGGAUUGGAGGAUCUGAUCCUAGGAAGGGGUCAGGUCAGGGAGCCCGUACGCCUGGCGAGGAUAAUCGAUCGAUUGUUUCCUCACUCCAAGCUAUCCAUCAAGAAUCUGAUACCUCGCGAGAGAGUCUCAGACCUUCUACGGGAGUUUGAGACUGUUAGACGGGAUAGGCUAGCGCCGUGCGAAUCUCCCGUACCGGUGGCCAGUACUACUCGGGACCACGUUACGACUCAAUGAAUGUUGGUACAACGUGUACGGAAAUGAUAAUGUCUCAUCUUUCAGAGGAGCGGGAUUAAGUUGAGGGGCUACA